ACCAAUUAAACAUGGCCAGUAAAUUUUUCUACUUUGGGUUUGGCAGCAACAUGCUGGCAAAGCGUAUUCACAUUCAAAAUCCCACGGCGGAGCGCAUAGGACCUGGAAAGCUGGAGAAUUACCGCCUGGAUUUCUUUUCAAAAUCCAGAAACUGGAAUGGAGCCCCAGCGACAAUAGUGCCAUGCUGUGAGGAAAAUGUUUAUGGCAGCAUAUGGGAAAUUGAUAUGUGCAAUAUGAAAGAUCUGGAUGAUCAAGAAGGCGUAGCACAAGGUAUUUAUGUACCCAUAUCAGUCUCAGUGCUGUCACUAAACACAAAAACUCCAGUUUGUUGUCGUGCCUAUCACUUGGCCAAUCAACCUACGACCAACUUAAGUAAAGCACCGGCAGAUUGCAUUCCAUUCAAUAGGCAGCCGUCCAAGACCUACCUGAAGACACUCGUUAAAGGUGCCAUUGAAACAGGCAUUGACGAUGACUAUGUGAAAUGGUUACGCACAAUUAAACACAAUGGCAAUACUGUGGAGAAAUUUGAAAAUGAUUUGGAACUGGCGGAGGUUGAACUAUGUACAAAUUAAGAAUUUAAUUAUUUUUUUAUUAUCUUUUGUACAUAUUUUAUUUAUUCCAAAUUUUUGCCUGGACAUUGGUCCUAACUGAAUUCUAUGUUAUUUUUCAUGCUGUAAGACAUCAACACAACAAUAACAACAACAAC